CCCUCAUGCGCUCCUUUGAUGGUACGUCCUAUCUUCAGCCACUCAGCAUCGUCGCAUAGUGCAUCAGUGUUACCCCACGCUCACCUGUACAACUUCAACCAAACGCCAUCCCACCCUUUUCAGUCUCUUCCCUCCUUUUUCCCUUGCCAUCUCCUGCUCGCUUCCACUUUCUCCCACUCAGUUUCCCUCUUCCCUUCUCCCCCCUGUCUCUCCCUCGUCAUCCCUCGUCUGCCGGCGCGUCAAACGUCUCCCAUCCCAUCUUGUGCAAUCUUCACUGACCACCCCUCCGCCCCUUACCAGACGGAGCUAUCAGCAGUGAACGAGCAGCUGCGACAGCAGGCAGAGACUCUCCUCUCCGAAAUCAGUGCACUGGAAGACGCCAUUCGCCAGGUGGAGGCCAUGGACCAGCGCCGCCCGCACCACCGCGUGCGCCUGCUGCGGCAGCAGCGCGGCUUUGUGUGCUCUGCGUGCCAUGUGCCGGGGUCAGGGUUGUCGUGGCGCUGCGUCACGCCCAGGUGCCCGGACAGCUUCCAUCUGCAGUGCCUGGUGGGGCAGAGAAACUAG